AUGUCUAUCCUUCUUUUUUUCAUCGCCGUAGGCAGCGUGACUGCUCAACCGUUUCCACAACUGUAUCCGCAACCAUGGGUGUACAGCCAGAAAGACCCGCCCGUCCAAGUCAUUAUUGAUGCGACAGUCAGAUAUCAGACCAUGAUUGGUGGUGGUUGCUCAGGAGCCUUCAAUGUUGCAUGCGACCAGACCGGGUCUAAAGGUCUUUCGCCUUCGAACCAACAGCUGGUCAGCGACUACCUUUUCAAUGAGAACAUUGGAGGUCUUUCGAUCCUUCGUAACCGUGUUGGAUCAAGCCUUUCAGACGGCAUUCUCGGUAGCUGUCCGGCAACACCAUCCUCUACAUUCAAUUAUACUGGUUUAGGAGCCAACGAUGCCACUGCCGAUAGCUGCCAACUGAAGCUAUCUCAGCAAGCCCUUAAAGCAAAUCCGAACCUAUUCAUUUAUGCAGAUGCGUGGUCAGCUCCAGGGUGCUUCAAAACGGGUGCCACAGACGUCAACGGUGGUCUUAUCUGCGGUGUACGAGGGACCAACUGCACUCAUGACUGGCGUCAAGCAUAUGCAGAUUAUCUUGUAAAAUAUGUCAAGUUGUACGAGGAAAAAGGCAUCAACGUCAGCAUGAUUGGUGCGUAUAAUGAGCCAGACUUCAAUCCUGUCUACUAUGCCAGUAUGGACACGGACGGAUACCAGGCCAAGGAUUUCUUGCAAUAUCUAUACCCAACGGUCAAGAAGUAUCGAAAGGACCUGCAAGUGUCCUGCUGCGAUGCUACAGGCGCGCGCCAAGAACGCACGAUACUGUAUGAGCUGGAGCAAGCUGGUGGCGGAAAGUUGUAUGAUGUCGCGACUUGGCACAACUACCAGAGCAUGCCUGAGAUGCCAUUCAACACUCAGGGCCAGCCGAACUUGGAGACGGAGUGGUCAGAUGGAAGCGGCAAUUUCAAUACCACAUGGGACACCACUGGGCAGCUUGCUGAAGGACUUCAAUGGGCUAUCUAUAUGCACCAAGCUUUUGUCCUAAGCCACACAUCCGGAUAUCUUCACUGGUGGUGCGCCCAAGAUAACCCAGGUAACUCAUCCGGCAGUGACGCCAUCCUUGUCCGUCUCCAAGGCAAUACAUUUGAAGUGUCCCGUCGCCUAUGGGCAUUUGCAGGUUACUUCCGUUUCGCGCGCCCAGGUUCCGUACGCAUUGACGCGCGCAGUCCUGCUGAGAACCUGAAGGUAACGGCCUUUGAAAAUGUCAAUGGGACGCUUGCGAUCCCUGUCAUCAAUGAAGCGCACUACGAGAGAGAGGUUCAUAUCAGUUUGAAUGGUAGUCUGAAGGCGUUUGCAAAGGCUACGGCGUAUUUGGCGGAUAACACGCAUAACAAUACGUUGGUGGGGAGUGUGAAUGUUAGUGGAAAGAGUUUUACCGCGAGUGUAAAGCCGAGGAGCUUAACGACGUUUUUCUUGGAGUAG